UUCACCGUUGGCUGGCAGACAAACAGUACCGACUAGGAGCACCGUCUUUUCUCUUCUACCGCAGCGUAACGGCCGAGAAACUCCACGACUUCACGGAUUAAUACCGGACUGAGAGACUUUAUCCUCGGUGGGACUGUUACAUCUCCAUAUCUGCGACAGAGGACAAUGUUUCUCCUGCAGUACACCGGGCUCAACGCUCUGCCCUUUGACCCAACAUCCAACAACGACCCUCUCCACUUCAACAGCUCCAAUGGGCCGCUCAUGUCAGAGUGUCCUUCUCUGGAAAACACUGCUGAAAACAGCAAGAAAAGGAAAAGGACCAGCCUGCCUCCAGAUGCAAACCAUAACCUCACCAUGGCUUCUAACUCCAUGACGAUGCCCAUGUCAGACCCCAGCGCCUGGGCAACAGCCAUGAGCAACCUGGGGAUGCCUCCGAUAAGCAUGACUGGACAACAGCUCUUGCCAGAUUUUGACCCCGGUCUCGGGCUGAUGACUGGCAUUACCCCCAUAAAUCCCAUGAUGCCCAGCCUGGGCCUGGCGCCCCCGCCCCUCUCCCAGGAUGCACCAGUUGUCAAGGAGAUCAUCCACUGCAAGAGCUGCACACUGUUUCCUCCCAACCCCAACCUUCCGCCUCCGGCCACAAGGGAACGCCCUCCAGGGUGUAAGACAGUAUUUGUCGGGGGUCUGCCUGAGAACGCCACUGAGCAGCUCAUCGUGGAGGUCUUUGGACAGUGUGGGGAUAUUGCCGCCAUCAGAAAGAGCAAGAAAAACUUCUGCCACAUCCGAUUUGCUGAGGAGUUCACUGUGGACAAGGCUCUCCUCCUCUCUGGUUACCGUAUUCGUUUGGGCUCCAGCACAGACAAAAAAGACUCCGGUCGGCUCCACGUGGACUUCGCCCAGGCCAGAGACGACCUCUAUGAGUGGGAGUGUCGGCAGCGCAUGUUGGCCAGAGAGGAGAGGCACCGGCGCAAGAUGGAGGCGGAUCGCCUCCGGCCGCCCUCCCCUCCUCCCAUCGUCCACUACUCAGAGCACGAGUGCAGCGAGCUUGGAGAUAAGAUCAAAGAUGACAACAAGUUUCCCGAGGCGGUACAUGUGCUGUUGACCUGGCUGGAAAGAGGUGAAGUCAACCGCAGGAACGCCAACAACUUCUACUCCAUGAUCCAGUCGUCCAACAGCCACAUCCGGCGGCUGCUGAGCGAGAAGAGUCAGCACGAGAAGGAGGUGGAAGAGGCCAAAGACAAGUUCAAGACGGCGAUGGUUACCAUACUCGCUCAGUUUGAACAGAUUGUGUCUGUAUUCCACGCUGCUUCCAAACAAAAGGCAUGGGACCAUUUCUCCAAAGCUCAGCGGAAGAACCUGGAUGUAUGGCGCACGCAGGCUGAGAACAUUAGAAGUAUGCACAAUGAGCAGCUGAUGGGCAUCAGAGGAGAAGAGGAGAUGGAGAUGUCUGACGAAGACAUGGAGGACUCCUCCGCUACCAACAGCAAAGACUCUGAGGACUCAGGUGUUUCCCAAGCAGAAGCCUUAAAGGAGGAGAACGACUCGCUGCGCUGUCAGCUGGACGCCUACAGGAACGAGGUGGAGCUACUCAAACAAGAACAGGGCAAGAACCAACCAAUCAGCAGUGAGGAGGACAACACACACUCUCAGCAGCUCAGCUUCCUGCAGCAGGCUCUGCAAGGCAUGCAGAAGCAACUGCUGAGAAUGAGGGACGAGUUGAAAGAGCGAGAAGCAGAGCUCGAGAAGAGUAUAGAGGACAAACAGCAGCUGAAGAACCAAAUCCAUGACCUCAAGUCGGGGCUACACAACCUGCAGAUAUCAAACACGUCACAGCUGGAGACGUUAAAGCAAGAUGACAGAGGGAGCGAACAGAGUGCUAAUCAAGAUGUAACAGCAUCAUCAGUGGUGUCCUGCAGCCAGGACAAGGAAGGUCUCCCAGAGAAGAAUCGUGCCAGUCCUGUUCAAUCUGAGAGGGAUGCACUGCUAGUCGGGAUCAUUUCAACCUUCCUGCACGUCCACCCGUUUGGAGCCAGCAUUGAGUACAUCUGUUCCUACCUGCAGCGUUUGGACACCAAGAUCAACACCAGUGAGGUGGAAGCUCUUCUCUCUCGGCUGCCCUGCACCUUCAGACAGGAGCUGACCGGCGUCGGAGCCAGUCUGGAGAAACGCUGGAACUUCUGCGGCUUCCAGGGCAUCAAGAGCACAUAGACUCUGCUGGUGACGCUUCUGAGACGCAGAAGAGACGACAGGUAGCCAAGGCAACACAGGUACACGGAGGACGCGCACAGCUGACGGAGGCACUGGACUCCAUUUGCGAAGACAAGAGUGCAAAUUCACCGCAGAUCUCAGAUCAGGAAGGGGAGUUCUGUGUAGGCAGCAGAGAGAUAAAUAUACAGUUUUUUUUGUGAUGGCAAAUUAAUUGGCAGCAUCUCUAUGGUGACCAAGAGGUGGAUGUAUUUCUAUGGUGACAGUCUCAUCAUCUCUCACUCUCUCUGGGUUUUUUUGGGAUUCAACUAAACGUCCAAAUCUCAGCAGAGUCAUGGCAUUAGUUGUAUUUUUAUACUCGAGCCCACAUUUGGCUCAGCGUACUGUCAGACCUGGACUAAAAGGGCUACACAGGAACGUCAUCAGGGUCGACUUUCAACCUCAGAAACCCUCUGGCUUCCUUUUUUUGCCUCUUCUUAAUUUUGUACAAUGAUGUGAAAUAAAUUCUUAUAGUUCCUUCUUCUAUUAAAGGUGCACAGAGGAUGCAUUUUUAGUUAUUUAUACAUCUCAGUGUUGAAUUAUGCUCCUACUUGAUGCCACAUGAGUCAGUUCUGAAAUGGACAAUGAACAUCAGAGUGUAAUCAGGCCCCGAAUGGGACCCUAAGAUGCUGCAAAUGUUAAAAUGACGAGGGCAGACACGUUCUGAUCACACCAGUGAUCUUCUUAUCAUUAUAAAUGGAGACAAGGAUACAUGUUGGCUAUUCACACGGUGCCUUCCAGGUCUGGUUAAUUUUACAAAGACAGACUGUUUUCUUUGCGCAAUUUAAUUCCAAAUUAUUGAAUGUGAAUGAGAGCACGCUCUUCUCUUUGGCUGCAUCCACAAUUACAGUUUCAGCCACGGAUGAUAAUUGUGUUCACUGCUUCGUUGUAGCAUAAUGUGAAAAGGAGCUUCCUUUUGUUUGUCGGAGGGCUCAAACAAACAGUUGGGUGUUUUUUUUCCCCCUGCAGGCACUCGGCGCAGACAGUUAGCACAUGCCUGGGAAACAUUCAUGAUGAAGCAGUUGAUGCAUUAAUGGUGGAAUAACAAUUUUGAGCACAUCAAAGGCGGUAAGAUGCAUUAGAAAUGACAGCGUCAGGUGGUUUGUUGGCUUCAAGGAGCGGCUUUACAGGAAGAAACAGAUGAAACAAACUAAUGUGGCAAAACAUAGACGUAGAUUUCAGGGAUGGAGGCAGUGGACACGUCUCCUAGAACAUAUGCAUUUGUCCCUCCAAUUAAAAGCUUUUAUUUUGACAAAAUUAAAUACACUUACACCAUAAAUUGAUGCAUUAAGGGCACAAAUUGGUGCAUAAAAAUCACCAGAAUGCAAUAAAUCAAGUGUUUAAUGCUCAAAAUUUUCUGGCAGAGGACCCCAAACCCCCUGUUUCAUAUGUCCCCCCUCAAUGUUGAAACAAAACCUACGUCACUGCAGCAAAACAUCUAAAUGUGGUAUGUUUUGAGAUUUCUACCCACGUCAUUACCCCAGU